CCUUGACUCCAAAGGCUUUAAGUCACCCAAUACAAACAAGUUUUGUGUUUUGUAUUAAGUUGGUUGAGUAUAUCUUAUUUCAAUAUGGAAUCAAACUGUGUUCAAUUUCUUGGGGACAAGACGAUUCUCAUCACCGGCGCUCCUGGUUUUCUUGCCAAAGUUCUGUUAGAGAAAAUUCUGAGGUUGCAACCAAAUGUGAAGAAGAUGUACCUUCUGUUGAGAGCUGCCGACACUAAAGCCGCCAUGCAACGCUUACGUAGCGAGGUUGUGGAGAUAGACCUUUUUAAGGUGUUGAGGAACGAUCUUGGUGAAGAAAAUCUGAAUGACUUGGUGAGUGAAAAAAUAGUGCCGGUUCCCGGUGAUAUAUCCAUCCAUAAUCUGGGAGUCAAAGACUCCGAUCUCUUACAACGUAUGCGGAGCGAGAUUGAUAUCAUUAUCAACAUCGCAGCCACCACGAAUUUCGAUGAAAGAUAUGAUAUCGGUCUUGGCAUCAAUACAUUUGGAGCUCUCAAUGUUCUCAACUUCGCCAAAAAGUGUAUUAAAGGGCAAUUACUUCUCCAUGUCUCAACCGCAUAUGUUUGCGGCGAAAACUCGGGAUUGUUCCUUGAGAAACCAUUCACAAUGGGGGAGACUCUCAGCGGAAAUAACAAACUCGACAUCAAUGUUGAAUUCGAGCUGAUGAAACAGAAACUGAAAGAGCUCCAGCAUCAAGAUUGUUCUGAACAAGAGAUCUCACAGUCGAUGAAAGAUCUUGGAAUGACAAGGGCAAAGCUUCAUGGAUGGCCAAAUACAUAUGUAUUUACCAAAGCAAUGGGAGAGAUGCUAAUGGGAAACUAUAGAGAAAAUUUGCCACUUGUUAUCGUACGACCAACAAUGAUUACUAGUACUCUCGCCGAACCAUUUCCUGGUUGGAUUGAAGGAUUGAGAACUAUUGAUAGUGUAAUUGUUGCAUAUGGCAAAGGAAGGCUUAAAUGUUUUCUUGCGGAUCCAAACACAGUCUUUGACCUUAUACCAGCAGACAUGGUGGUUAACGCGAUGAUUGCAACCGCCACAGCUCACUCGGGAGAAACUGGGGUCCAGACCAUAUAUCAUGUCGGUUCUUCUUUUCAGAAUCCGGUCACGUUUGGACAACUCCACGAGACCACGGCUCGUUAUUUUACAAAGAAACCUCUUGUUGCUCGCAAUGGCUCACCAAUCAUAGUAUCUAAAGGAACACUUUUAUCCACUAUGGGUCAAUUCAGCCUUUACAUCACUCUUCGUUACAAGCUUCCUCUACUGAUACUUCGAUUGAUUAAUAUAAUUUACCCAUGGAGUCAAGGAGAUAAAUACAAUGACGACAGCCGCAAAAUCAAGCUAGCUCUGAGAUUAGUUGAGCUUUAUCAGCCUUACUUACUCUUCAAGGGCAUAUUUGAUGAUUUAAAUACCGAAAGGCUGCGAAGGAGAAGACAGAGCAUCAAAGAGUUAGAUGGAUCGUUCGAGUUCGACCCCAAGUCCAUUAACUGGGACGAUUAUAUGGCAAACAUUCACAUUCCUGGCCUCAUCACCCAUGUUCUUAAACAAUAAAUAUUAUAGUAUAUACAUAUUAUAUAUAAGUAAUUAUGCGCUUGAAUACUAGUAAAAUCCUACUGUGAAGUACUGAAAUGAAUUGGAAUUCCCGUGUGUAAUAUCAUUAUAUUAUAUCAACGCAUCAUAAAAGAUUAUGAUA